AUGGCGAGCAUUGACCCCGACAGAACAUCUAUUGUGUCGAAGCGUUCGAUCGCAAGCAUCGCUUCGAUCCUUUGGCCAAAAAUCCCUCGCUCUUCCAAGACAAUAUCAACACCACUGGCACACAUAUGUUCCUACAUCGAGGCUACUCCCGACGCCCAGUCGUCUCCCAUCAAAGAAUUGAUUGUCCACAAAGAGGAGGAUGGUGUUCAGCACGAGUUCCUACUUUUGCGGCUGGCGAAACCUACCGGAGAAGAAUUCUGGGUGCGUCUGGAGAGAAAAGCGCGAAUAGGCACUCUCAGCAAAUUGAUCUCUAGUAAAUCGGAGGCAAACGAUAUGGCGACUCUUUCUGGGAAAAGGGACACUCUAUUAGGGAGCACGAAGAGUGUUGAGAAGACUAGAAUCAUUUUUCGCGUCCCACCUUCGCUAACAGACUUGUUCCAUGUCCUCGAGGCACUUAGGGAGUCAUCGAAAUUCUAUCAAGUGUGGCCGCAAAACUGUUACUUUUUUGCUUCUGUAGUGACUGAGCACCUAUCCGGUCUCGAUAAAAGUGCCGAACUUACCGGAACUUUAAGAUGGCUUGAUCUUGGAGCUGAUGCUCGUCGAAGAAUUUAUCAGAUAAUUGCUUCCCACGAUCCACUUUCUGUCCAGGAUCCCGAUAGUGAGUCGGAAAGCAUAUCACCGCCCGAAUCCCUGGCAUCCAAAUUUCCUAUUGAUGUGCCUGAGAUCGAGAAUAUGAGCAGCGCUUCCGGGACGAGUCAGCCCAGAUCUCUUUGUCACUCACAAUCUCAAAUGCCCGCCUAUUCCACGGAUCAUCCUCUUAAACGAGUACCAUCGUUUGCAGACAGUCUCUUGAGUUCGGACGACCAGAACGAUCACUCCAGCCCGCCCUCUGUGCGACGUCCGACUGAAGACAUCAUAAAAAAUAUCCCUCACAGAGGAGAUACGGAAUAUACCCUCGGCAUCUUUUGCACGGAGACACACCACAGCGAGGAGGCUGAAACGGCGACCGUCACCCGCCUGCUUCGAUAUGGGACGAGAGGACGAGUCGCACACCGUUUCCUAUUACUUGAAGUCAUGAAGUUGGACAUAAAGUUCUGGAUCCGCUUGGACCGUCACCCACGUCUGAGGAUAUGGCCUUUCUUCUACAUGGGAACAAACGAUCUAGUAAAGAUAACUAUGGCUCUUCAUCAUCUACUCGGCAAGGAAGUCCAGAGAGAGGCUGUCGUCGAAUUUUGCUUGCCCAUCCCCCUCAAACGCCUUGUGAGGGCUCUCGACGUUAUUCGCGAGGAAUCCAUAGUAUACGCACUCUCAAGGAAGAACUGUUGGUUCUUUGUGUCGAUUAUUCAAGAAAUUUCUGUCGGAUUUCUGGGUGGCCAUUUUAGUGAAGAAGGACAACUAAACAACCCUUCGUUGGCUGAUGGCCGCCGCAGGGCAAUAAAAGAGAGAGUUUAUAAAGUUCUUCCUACACUGGUGCCAACCCUAGUGACGGAGGUGGUAUUCAUGGCUGCCAUGACACACGAUAAACUCCUCAUCGAGGCCAUUUCCCAACUGGCGCAGAUUGUGAAGGACCAAGACAAACUCCUCCUUUGUUCCGGCCUCGAUGAAGCAAGGCUACGAUUCGGACGCCAAUCAUCCCUGAUACGACUACUAUCUGAAUCCAAGAUGGUUCUUUACGAGCAUCUUCAUAGACUAAGUAACAUUCCUGGAGCGAGGGGAUUCCGAAGUGGUUUCCCAAGGGAUCUCGCCGAUAGGUUGAAUUCAUGGGUGUCCUCUGUGGGUGGCGACGCCUGGGUAUCUGAAUGUAUUCUGGAUCAAAACCAAAUGGACAAACUAGACGCAGAGGUUUCAAAUCUUUUUUCGGGGGCGUUUGAGAAAGAAGCCGUGCACGUGGAGGGGGAUACGAGCGCCACUCCGCUUAAACUACAGUGGAAGGGACGCACAUCUUCAAGCUCAACUGACCUGGAUCUGGCUCUCUGGACUCUCCAGCACCUUUCGCAUUGCAAAUCUCUCCUAGAACUUUUUGGGAAACACUGGCACCGCCUGAAGAAAGACGUCCCGGACUUUUAG